UGCAUAUUCAAUCUUGUUCUCUGUGACAGGUUCGAGUUCUGAAUCAGACCUUGAUGCUAUACUGUAGGCUUCCGCUUGCCGUGUCAUGCGGUCGCAUCAUACGACAUGCAGCCUCUAGGAUUGACCGGCAACCACUGGCAAUUCGACCUUUAGUGUCAACAUAUAAAGCAAAAACUUUCUCAAGCUAUCGCAUACUACGGACAGAAGAAACCGAGAGACUAUUGUCCGAGUUCAAAGAGAAUUUCCACUUUCCUUCGGCGACUUGCAAACUCGAAGAUAUAGCCACUCGGGGAUCCGGAGAAGAUGUCGUAAUUCAUGGCUAUCUGGGCACGCAGAGACAAGCUGGCAAGAACCUGCUCUUCGCUGAACUUCGGAGCACAACUCUAUCACAUUCAAUCCAACUAGUUGCCUCGAACAAAACCAGCGCUGAGGGGGCUAGUGUCUUUGACAAACUUAGUGGAUUGAAUGUUGAAACACCAGUAGCCGUCGAAGGAAAGCUCAAGGGCCGCAAAGCCAAGCAAACUCCAUCCAAACUAGAAGCAGGAGCCGUGCAGCAAAUAACGGAAGUCGAGAUUGAGUUGACCAAUAUAUCGCCGCUCAACCACUUCCCCAAGGACAUCAUGGUGACCCAGGAUUCAGUAUUCACAGCAGAACAGAGACAUCUUCAGUUGAGAAUGGAGAAGCCUCUUCGGGAUGCACUGGCUUUCAGGAGUAAAGCAGCCAGCAUCUUACGAACAGAACUCUGCGAGGGCAAAGAUUUCGUCGAGAUUGAGACACCUCUGCUGUUCAAGUCGACUCCAGAGGGCGCGCGCGAGUUCCUGGUCCCCACUCGCACACCCGGUCUUGCCUAUGCUCUACCUCAGAGUCCUCAGCAGUACAAGCAGAUUCUCAUGGCAAGUGGCAUUCCGCGCUAUGUGCAGUUUGCGAAGUGCUUCCGCGAUGAAGACCUUCGCGCUGACAGACAACCAGAAUUCACGCAGGUGGAUCUGGAAAUGUCUUUUGCAACUGGGGAGGAUGUGAUGAGCACUGUUGAAGAUGUUGUCAAAACGCUUUGGCAGAAGUUGCUUGGUAUCUCCCAUGAAGGCCAGUUUCCUCGACUAUCUUAUGAGGAUGCAAUGUCUAAUUAUGGCUCUGACAAGCCCGAUGUUCGCCUCGGGUCAAAGAUCUCACGAGCCGAGUACAUGUUACCUGUGGAUCUCAUCCGCAAGAUCGGCCCUCUGCAUGAUCCAAUCGUCGAGGUGCUGAAAAUGCCCAUCUCUGAAGACGUCAAGGAAACUCGCGAGUUCGUAACCAAAUUCAUGGACUCGUCAGAUUCUAAGCCUUUCAACGAUAACCCAGAAGGUCAACCAGGCAUCUUUAUCUUCGAUCCUCGUAAGCCACUUUCUGGUCUCUCUGUCUUUGGUUUCGAGGCUGCGGAAACGAUAGAGGAGAUGCUCGAUUUGGAAGAAGGAGACUUGGUCGUGCUCCAGGCUCGCAAGAACGCACCGCAUGCAGGUGGCUCCACACCACUUGGAAAUCUACGCCUGGCUCUUCACAAGUUUGCUGUGCGGCACAAUUACAUACCCGCACCUCAAGGUUUCGAGUUCCUCUGGAUCACAGACUUCCCGUUGUUCUCGCCUUCUGUGGCAAAUGAGCCUGGCCAAGGUGGUGCAGCGGGCUUCAGCUCUACACAUCAUCCUUUCACGGCGCCAAAGACGGCCGAAGAUGUGGACUUACUUCUUACUGAUCCAGCCGCUGUCAAGGCUGAGCACUAUGACUUGGUGGUGAAUGGUGUUGAGCUUGGAGGUGGCAGUCGCCGGAUUCACUCAGCAGCCAUGCAGCAAUUUGUCCUACGUGAGGUCUUGAAGAUGAGUGAGGAAAGAUUGAAGGACUUUGAUCAUCUGAUUGAGGUGCUAAGAGCCGGAUGUCCGCCACAUGCGGGUAUGGCACUGGGCUUCGACAGACUCAUCGCAGUCAUGCUUGGAAAGGAAAGCGUCAGAGAUGUAAUUGCUUUCCCGAAAAGUGGCAGAGGCGAAGACCUGUUGGUGAGAAGUCCGACACUUAUGACAGAGGACCAACUCAAGACCUAUCACCUGAAGCUGAGAGAGUAAGCGGACACACAUACCAAAUACUUUAACAAUUCU